UUACAGACAAAGCAAUGUUAUGUAUGAUGCGAGUAGUACGUUUUGUUCAUACUUUUUUAAAAACAUAAAUUACAAGUUGUUUUGAAUAAAAAAAUUCUUUCAUUCAAAAUAUUUGUUCAUUAUACACGAAUUAAAAGAAAAUGAAAAUAGAAGACAUUAAAAAGUGCAGCUUUCAAAAUUGGUAUCAUGAUUUUAAGAAAGUGACGAUUAAAAGUAUUAUCUUACCACUUCCUGAGGAAUUUGUGUCAUAUAUUCUAAAAGAUGGAGUAAUUUUGCCUAAGGAUACUGGGUAUGGUUAUACUGUUCAAGUUAAUGAUAGCGAUGCUGAUAGUGAAGUAGAGGAAUCUUGGGAUGAUGGGGAAGAAAUUGAACCUGAGGCUCCUCAGUUUCUGGAUUUUGACAAAAAUGUAAGAGAUGCAAUUGAUACUCUAGGUGGGAAAGUUUUUCCAAAACUAAAUUGGAGUAGUCCUCGAGAUGCUUCUUGGAUAAGCUUUAACAACAGUUGCUGUUGUACAUCAUUAUCUGAUAUUUAUUUACUUUUGAAAAGCUCUGACUUUAUUAUCCAUGAUCUAACCCAAAGGUAUAUGCUUUGUGAAGACUUUGAACAAAAUCAGUCUAAUAAUGCUGAAAAGGAAGACUUCUAUUUAGUUUUAAGAAAAUGGACUGAAAUAGAUCCAUCUUGUGAAUAUAGAUGUUUUGUUCGAAAUGGUUUAUUAAUUGGAAUAUGUCAAAGAGAACACAGUCUAUAUUUUGAUCAUAUACACCGUUAUAAGGAUGAAAUCAUUAAUGACAUUGCACAUUUUUUCCAACAUCAAAUACAUUCCAAAUUUUCUUGUAAUAAUUAUGUAUUUGAUGUUUAUCGAAAAAAGAAGGAUCUUGUAUAUCUUAUUGAUUUUAAUCCAUUUGGAGUUGUAACAGAUUCAUUAUUAUUCAAUUGGGAUGAACUAAAAAAUGGUUCAAUUCAUCCAAAUGGUAAUAGUCUGCCUGAAUUCAGAUAUGUAGAAAAUGAUCGUGGUGUUCAACCUAGUACUUUAAGUCGUCAUGCUCUUCCUCGAGAUAUAGUUGAUAUAAGUACUGGCGAAGAUAGUUUUACAUUAGUUGAUUUAUUAAAAUUUAAAGUCGAGGAACAAAAUGAAAAUGCCAGUGAUGAUAGUGAUGAAGAAUGGAAAGUAUGAAUAUUGUCAAAAUAUUAUUUAUAGUUUUUUUUUUAAUAAAAUGAUUUUGCAGAUUUG